GUACCUCAUUCUGCUUGAACUCCGUCGCAUGUGACACUGACAUCUGUGCGUGUCUGCUGCACGGCCAUGCACCGCAGCUUUCUGCUUAUCUCCUCAUCCACGUAUGAUGGUGCGUCCAAUAACUGACUGCGAGGCCAUUUCUCUGUGAACAACCACCCGAAAAAAAGAAAAGCUGAAUUAAAGGCCCUAGACACUGUGACAACUUUGAAGAAUCUGAUAAAGAAAAGCAAGAUGAAGUCCAAGGGGAAAGCUGUGAAACCUUCCAGAAGAACCUGGUCUGACCCAGAGCCAGAACUUGAACCAGACACAGAAGCGGAACCGGCUUCCAGUGAACAGGAAGACUCCGAGGCCUCUGUGAGGAUUGGUUGCUCCUGGAGAGGUUCCUUGAGGAGCAGGGGGGGCAAGCGGCAAGGAGCGGGCGGAGGUCGUCGGCGCCGGCAACACGGCUCCACCACGAAGGAGCGCAGCAUCCGGCGCCUGGAGAGCAAUGAGCGUGAACGCCAGCGCAUGCACAAACUCAACAACGCCUUCCAAGCGUUACGCGAGGCCAUCCCGCACGUGAAGACGGACAAAAAGCUCUCCAAGAUUGAGACGUUGACGCUGGCAAAGAACUACAUCAAGGCCUUGACCUCUAUCAUCCUGGACAUGUCGGGGGCCUGCCUCCCCGCUGGCGAGGUCCCGUCGGAGGCCAGCGCCGCCAAGCUGCUCCAGUGCUACCAGAAACAUCUGGAGGAGGAAGGUGAGGAGGGUCUCACCCAGUACCUUACCCACAUGCACAGUUUAAGCCAACUCAUCUAGCAGACCAGAAGGCAGGUGGACUUUUGAGGCGGCCAAAUGAAAUCUAGUUCCUGCAGGUGCACUGCUGUGGGAUCCAAGUCAGGAAGGAUGUGUUCUGCAGGAGCCCAGUUGACUUUAUACUGCAGUGCUCUUCAUAAAAAAAGACACAAGGAAGGGUGAGCUUAAUUUGGACUGUCCUAACGUCUUUGUUUGGAACCUGGGAAUUCUUCCUCUUCAUUUUUGUAACAGUGAAAAAUUCCUGCCUUUUUGUCGAGGGGGGGG